UCAGACGAGCGAGAGAAUCGGCCGUCACCAUGCCUGAGCCAACCAAAAAAGCAGCGCAGGCUCCUCCUCCUGCAAAGGAAGCUGAUGCGGAGCCGCCUGAAGCUGAUGACACUGAAGGAGAACUCGAGUUGACCGAGCUGACCGGUCUGUUCAUAGAGAAACCAGAGAGCCGAGUGAUGACAGUAGGUGGUGAUGCCGUGUUCAUAGCGAAGGUGGACGCCACUGAUCUGGCGAGGAAGCCCACCAUGAAGUGGUUGAAGGGUAAAUGGUUGGAUCUGGGCAGUAAAGCAGGAAAACAUCUGCAGUUUAAAGAGUCCUACGACAGAAACACCAAGGUGUACACAUAUGAGAUGAAGAUAAUUAAGGCCAAACCAGGUGCUGCUGGAGGUUACAGAUGUGAAGUGACUUCCAAAGAUAAAUGUGACAGCUGCACCUUCGAGGUUUCAGUAGAAGCUGCUGAACAAGGACAAUCACAGGAUAUCCUCUCAACCUUCAAACGAGCAGCCAAGGGAGUGCUGAAGAUCGACCCCUCAGAUCUGGGAGACAGAAAAGUGUGGGUUCAGCUGUGCUGUGCAUUCCGUUAUGGUACUGAUGAUCUGGACCUGAUUGGGAUGUACUUCAGGAAGGAUAUCUGGCUCACUCGCGUCCAGCUUUAUCCCGACGCCGGACACAAACCCAAACUCACCGACAUGCACAACACACUGCUGAAGAAAGCUGGAGAGCAGGCCCACGCCUUCGCCUUCGAUAUCCCCACUAACCUGCCGUGCUCGAUGACUCUCCAGCCCGGUCCUGAUGAUCAGGGGAAGAAGCCCUGCGGCGUGGACUUCGAGGUGAAAGCGAUUGUAGCGAAAGUACCUGAAGAUCCAGAUGAGAAAAUUGACAAGAAAGACACGUGCCGUCUGAUCAUCCGUAAGAUCCAGUUCGCUCCUGCCAACACGGGAUCAGGACAGAAAGCUGAAAUCUGUAAGAACUUCAUGAUGUCUGAUAAACCGGUUCACCUGGAGGCCUCCAUCGAGAAAGACAUUUAUUACCACGGAGAAUCCAUUCCUAUCAGAGUCAAAGUGAAGAACGAAACCAGCAAAACUGUGAACAAGAUUAAAAUCACCGUGGAUCAGACGACGGACGUGAUUCUUUAUUCUGCAGAUAAAUACACCAAAACGGUUGUGUCUGAGGAGUUUACCGAGACGGUGGAAGCUAAUUCCUCCUUUGAUAAAGUGUUGAGCAUCACACCGUCUCUGGCUCAGAAUAAAGAGAAACGAGGAAUCGCCGUGGACGGAAAACUGAAGUACGAGGACACCAACCUCGCGUCCACCACCAUUCUGAGAGCCGGAAUGGAACGAGAGGUUUUGGGGAUCAUGGUGUUUUAUAAAAUUAAAGUUAAUCUGAUGGUGUCCUCAGGAGGGUUGUUGGGAGGAUUAACUGCCAGUGAGAUACUGGAUAGUGAUGAUGAUGAAGACGACAACCCCAUCACAGAGAGUCUUCAGGAGCAGGAACCUGGACCAGGCAGGCGUUCCUGUCAGUGCCAGUUCAGGGUGGUGCUGCGUUUAGCUGCUGGGGUGGUACUGGGCGUGUGUAUGGCAUCUUCGUGGACGUGGGCGGCUCACAGCGCCAGACGGGUUCUGACCCGCUUCAGGGCUCCGUUCUUCAUCACCUGCUUCUGCAGCAGCUGGAACCUCCUGAUGUUCCCUCUGUAUUACACCUCACACGUGGUGGCAUCGGGGCAGAGAGAGAUGCCCGCCGCCCACUUCCGGUACAUUAUGGAAGCCAAUGGGAACAUUCGCACUCUCACCAUUAAUAAAUGCGCCCUGUCAGACGAUGCAGCUUAUGAGUGUGUGAUCGGAGACGACAAGUGUUUCACUGAGAUCUACGUCAAGGAACCUCCCGUCACCCUCACCAAGCUGCUGGAUGAUUAUCAGGUGGUGGUUGGAGAGAGGGUGGAGUUCGAGGUGGAGGUCUCAGAGGAGGGAGCGCAAGUCAUCUGGUGCUACGAGGACGUGGAGCUGACCCGCGAUGACAGUCGCCGCUAUCGCUUCAAGGUGGACGGGAAGCGCCAUACUCUCAUCAUCCAGGAGGCGGUGCUGGAGGAUACAGGAAUGUACCACGCCUUCACCACCGGAGGGCACACCAAAGGAGAGCUCAUAGUGGAGGAGAAGGAGCUGGAGAUCCUGCAGAGCAUCGCUGACCUGACGGUGAAGUCUGCGGAACAGGCUAUGUUUAAGUGUGAGGUAUCGGACGAGAAGGUGACGGGGAAAUGGUUUAAAGAUGGAGUGGAGGUCCUGCCCAGCGAACGCAUCAAAAUCACACACAUCGGCAGAAUUCAUCGUUUGGUUAUAGAUGAUGUGAAGCCGGGUGAUGCUGGUGAUUAUACGUUUAUUCCUGAUGGUUACGCCCUGAGUCUCUCAGCUAAACUCAACUUCCUGGAAAUCAAGAUUGACUACGUUCCUCGUCAAGAUCCUCCUAAGAUCCAUUUGGACACGUCUGGUAAAACCGUCUCUCAGAACACCAUCAUUGUGGUCGCCGGUAACAAGCUCCGCCUGGAUGUGGAGAUCUCUGGAGAGCCUCCUCCAACUGUGUGCUGGAUGAAGGGUGAUGAGCAAGUGUCCGAUACAGAGGGGCGUGUCCGGGUGGAGAACAGGACGGGGCUGUGCAGUUUCGUUAUUGAGGGCGCGGUGAGGGAGGAUGAAGGGAACUACAGCAUCACCGUCACCAACCCGGCCGGAGAAGAUAAAGCCAACCUGUUCGUCAAAAUCGUGGACGUUCCUGACCCCCCCGAGCACGUGAAGUGUAUCGCUGUAGGAGAGGACACUGCCACCGUCACCUGGGAAAAGCCCAAGAUUGAUGGAGGUGCCCCAGUUAAAGGUUACCUGAUGGAGAGGAAGAAGAAAGGAUCUUCUCGCUGGACGAAGCUGAACUUUGACGUGUAUGAAGAUACCAAGUAUGAAGCUAAGAGGAUGAUCGAGGGGAUCCUGUACGAGAUGAGAGUUUACGCUGUCAACGGCAUCGGCGUGUCGGCACCCAGCCUCAACUCCAAACCCUUCAUGCCCAUCGCUCCCACCAGUGAACCCACCAGACUAAUGGUGGAGGACGUGACUGAUACCACCUGCUCCCUGAAGUGGUUCGCUCCAGAGAAGAUCGGCGCCGGGGGUCUGGACGGGUACAUCAUCGAGUUCUGCAAGGAGGGAGAUACCGAGUGGACGGUGGCUAACACUGACCUGGUGGAGCGUCAGAACUACGUGGUGAGGAAUUUACCCACCGGUGAGAAGAUGAAUUUCAGGGUUGUGGCGGUGAACAUCGCCGGCAAAAGUCCUCCGGCGCUCCUGUCCCAGCCCGUCACCGUCCGAGAGAUCAUGGAACAUCCCAAAAUCCGCCUCCCUCGUCACCUGAGAACCAAGUUCAUUAAGAGAGUGGGAGAGACCGUCAACCUGGUCAUUCCUUUCCUGGGUAAACCUCGUCCCGUGGUCACGUGGCUGAAGGACGGAGAACCGGUGGACCUUAAGAAGGUGGGGGUCAGGAACUCUAACGUGGACACGGUGCUGUUCAUCCGCUCAGCUGAGAGGGAUCACUCAGGGAAGUACACGCUGGUGGUGCAGAUCGAGAACAUGGAGGACCGCGCCAACAUCGACAUCCGCGUGGUGGAUAUGCCGGGACCUCCUGUGGCACUGAAGAUCACCGACGUUUGGGGUUUUAAUGCAGCGCUGGAGUGGAAACAACCGAAGGAUGACGGAAACACCGAGAUCACUGGGUACACCAUCCAGAAAGCUGAUAUGAAAACCAAGGAGUGGUUCACCGUGUACGAGCAUAACCGGCGCACCAACUGUACCAUCUCAGACCUGGUGAUGGGGAACCAGUACCAGUUCCGUGUGUACAGUGAGAACCUGGUGGGUCUCAGCGAGGACCCGGGCUUCAGCAAGGACAUCGCCACCAUCGCCAAAACCGGGUUACAGUAUAAAGCUGCUCCGUAUAAAGAGAAGGACAUGAACUGCAUCCCCAAAUUCACCACACCCUUAGUGAAUCGAUCUUCAGUGGUGGGGUACAGCACCGCCAUCAGCUGCUCCGUCAAGGGCUUUCCCAAGCCCAAGAUCGUGUGGAUGAAGAACAGGAUGAUCAUUGGAGAUGAUCCCAAGUACCUGAUGCAGAACAAUCAGGGCGUCCUGACCCUGAACAUCCGUAAGCCGAGUCCCUUCGACGGAGGGAAGUACGCCUGCAUGGCUGUAAACGAUUUGGGGAAGGACGAGGUGGAGUGCACUCUCGAGUUUAAAGCUUUAGCAGUAGAGAAGAAGGACUGAGAAGCUCCAGAAUGAGAUGAUCUGAGAUGAUGUGAGAUGAUGUGAAGAACUGAAGAGGAGCUGCAGAUACACAAAUCAAUAGAAGAUUUCAAUAAAUAAUAUAAAAAAAUCAAAGCAUAAAAGCAAUAAAGUAUAAAAUCAAUCUGAUAA